AUGUCUACAUUCACACGUCUAGUCCGCUUCCUCGCCAAGGACGGCCAGGUAUACUACGGCGACGCCAUCCUGCCCUCUGGCAAAACCGAUAUCGCCCAGAUCACAAAAGCUCGAGUCAUCAAGGGCGACAUAUUUGGCGAGCACCAUGUCACAGAUCAAAUCGCCGAAGUCAAACUUCUCCUAGCUCCAUUGGCUCGCUCCGAUAUCAAGACCGUGCGAUGUCUGGGAUUGAACUAUGAACAACAUGCGAUAGAGUCCAAUGCUCCUAUCCCCAAAUAUCCAGUCUUGUUCUAUAAACCCGUUACAUCGAUUGCCGGUCCGACUGACGAUAUCCCGGUCUCGUACAUGGCUCAAGAAGGCGAGGGGUUGGACUAUGAAUGCGAACUCGUCGUCAUCAUAGGCAAAGAAGCAAGAGACGUUCCAGAGUCAAAGGCUCUAGACUACGUGUUUGGCUAUGCUGUUGGCAACGACGUUUCUCAUCGCGAUUGGCAGAUUAAGAAAGGUGGUGGUCAAUGGUCUUUGGGUAAAGGAUUCGACGGCUGGGCGCCCUUUGGACCGGGCAUCGUGUCGUCGAAAUUGAUCCGUGACCCGAAUGCGUUGGAGAUUUCUACGAAGCUUAAUGGGGAGAUUGUUCAGUCGUCGAAUACAAAAGAUCAGAUUUUUGGCGUUGCAAAGACUAUUGCGUUUAUUUCUCAGGGAGUUACUUUGUUGCCUGGAGAUGUUAUCUUUACUGGAACUCCUCAAGGUGUAGGCAUGGGCAGGAAACCCCAGCUUUGGUUGAAAGAUGGUGACUAUGUUGAAGUGUCUCUCCAGGAUGUAGGAACAUGCUCUAACCGGGUUAUCUUUGACAAGCCAACUGCCAAACUUUAG